AGUGAAAGGACCAUCGUGGCUCAGGCUGCCAGCUGCUCUCCUGUCUCGGUGAUGGUUAAUGAGAUUAGCAGUCCGUCUUAGCCUGCGUCAGUGCAAAGGGGUCAAUCACUGGAUUAUCAUCUUGCUUAAGAGUUACAUCAGUUUAAUAUACUUUUUUCUUUAUUGCUUUCACUUUCCAAAGCAUAUUCAGCACGUACAAUUGCACUUUAUCCGCAGAUGGGGGUGCUUCGCUCUGCAACAUGCUUCGCCUCGGGACCGAGCGCGUCCGGGCUCUCGGGCGCUGAAUGAGGCAUCUUCCAGGGAGAGAAGAGGAGCCGGGGCAGCUGGAGAAGUGAAGGGCAGUGGGGCCGAGAUCUCGCCUGCUGUGGCAGAGUCUGAGACUCUGUGCAAAUCAUCCCCAUGCCUCUUGUAAAUAACAAAGUUGGCGAUGAUUGCACGGCGAGUGGAGACAAGGCUUUGGCCGAUGGAAAGGCGCUGGUGGACUCGUUGAUAAAGGUUGUGGCUUGCUACCGGCAUUUAGCCUCAUGUGUGGGUGGUUGCACAGACAGCCUGCAGCUCCGCGAUGAGUUGAGGCAAACGAGAGAAAAGGCCCAAAAGUUGGCCGGGGACAUCUGCCACCACCUGACCUCACACCUCAGGGACAAGAGCCUGCCCGAUGGACAGCGCAAGGAGAUGGAGCUCCUCUGGGUGGCCUUCUCCUCAUGCCUGGAGCUGCUGCACGUUGACAUGUGCAAAGUUUUGAACAUCAGCGGCAUUGUCUCGCUAGCCGACUCUGCAUCACUUGUGCAUACUGGCCUGGAAGGAGGAUGCAGUGACGUAGCGGCCCGGGCCCUGAGUUUGCCCAACCUGAACCAGGCUCAGACGGAUUCCCUUCCUGCUGGCCUCGAGAGCCAGGAGUGCAACACCAUGGAGCUGGAGAUCAGUCAGAUUGACCGCAUGAUCGAUGACAUGGAGAUGAAAGUCAAUGUGCUGCGUUGGUUGGUGGAGCCCCACGGGCCGCAGUACGCAGACCCCCUGAGCAGCACUGACAGCGCCUCCAUGGCUCUGCUGUCCAUAGACGAGGAGCAGCAGGCCCCCACAUCACAGCCCCUGUGCCAGCGCAGCCACAUAUUUGUGCUCUUACUGCUGCUUGGUGUUUUUUUCGUAGCGGCCACUUUAUCUCUCUGUAUUUUUUUUUUCUCAUGAGCAAGACCUUAAGAAAUUUAAAUUGAUCAUCUUUUUCUGAAAGUGAAGAAAAAUUACUUAUGUGUUUAAACAGUGUACCAGACUUAAUCCAGAUGCAAGCUAGUACACAAUUUUUUACACUACAUCUAACUAAAUACUUUGAUUUUUAAGUAUGCCACUUAGGACUUGAUUCAUAAUCUGAAAUUGAGUGUAGCCCAGAUGGUGAAUUUUCCUUUUGUUCUCUGCUCUCUGAAGUUAUCAGUAACAAGUUGGAAAAAUCAACUGGAUCGCCUCCUGAAGUUGGAUGUCCCUGAACAACCCUGAACAUAGCAUUAUUAACUUGUUAAAUCAAUAACACAUUCAUGUAGCACUAUCACAUUUUUUGUAAAAAUAUUCCUCUAGGGCCAAAAUGAAAUCCUCAAUUAUUGCUAGCUUGCAAGACCAAUAACUGUAAGCUUGCAUGGCUAAAGGCUGCUAGCCUAGUUAUUAAAACUACAUUCUACUUGCUCUCAAGUUAGAGACUGAAAAACAAAAUCAAGAACAUCCUUAAAAUCUGAAUUUGUUUGUCUCUAACAGCUAAAAAUGCAACAUAUCUUCCAUGGAUGUAUGAAUUUGUGACGGUUGCGUAAAUAAGCUAGCUAUUGAUAAGAACUUUUGACAGUUUGAGUCUUGUUAAACCUUUGGUGCACAUAGAGCUAUGAAAAUCUAUUUUUCCGAACAUGUCCUUUCAAUGUUUUGAACACAUUAAAUGAAGAGAGACAUGUGAUUGACAGCUUGUGUUGCUACUAGUAGUUGACAAUAAACCAAAGAGCAAAUCUCAGUGGAAAUCCCACAGAUUUCUACUGAGGCUCCUAUAUGAGCCGCGGGGAAGUUCGCUGGGAAACUGGAGCCAAGAUUUAGUUUUUCUCUGUUAAAUGUAAUAAAGUAAGUAAGACAGAAAAGCUAACAUUUCUGUACAUUUUGCUUAAUGAUUGGAGGGGAAAAAAAGAAGCUAGAAUGACACUUGCAACUUAUUUAUUCUGAUUGCCAAUGUAAGCCCAUAGGUGCUUAUGCUUGGCAGAGGAUGUGAUAAUUUAUCUUUUUUGUAUAUAAUCAGCACUCUAAACUAAAGGACUACAAUGAUAUAAAUACAUCUACUAUGGAUAAUGAAAGUAUAAAGUUUGACGAAACCCUGUUGUCGUUUUUCUUUUUUUUCCCCAGAGGGACAAUUUAAUAAGAUCUACUUUUGAAAUGAGGUUUCAUUAAAGCAAGCGAGCGCACCACCAACACGGGAUAGUGUUUAACAUUUAUGAAUCUUUAAAUUGUCAUACUAGCACUGGGAACAUGCAACGGAUUCCUGUCAGAGAAAGAAAUUAAAGAAAACAGUGUAAACAUUG